AGUAGGCGAGGUUUAGCUGCACAAGACAAAAGAAAACGUUAAACGAAAACAAAGCGGGGCGCCUUGAUCUCCCGACCAGGGUUCCCUGACCAGUUUUUCUUAUAUUUAAGGGUAGGGAUUUGUUUUCAUCUCGAGCAGUAGAAUAAAUGCGCUGCUUUACGACGAAAUGCAAGUAAGGAAGAGCGGAAAAUCAAAUGCCUCCUGAAGAGAUACGGUGUAAACGAGCUGUUAUAGUUAUAAUUUAGUUUAGACCAGCGGUUACAUAUGAGGAAUAUCGCAUAUGACUUUUCUUUAUAUUUUCCGGAAGUUAGUUUUCAGACGUGACAUUUGGUUGCAGUUAAGGUCAUGCGCUCACCUUUAGCUUGUCUUUUUAUAGAAAGAUAGUACAUCUAAUCUCAAUUGCAUAUUUUUAAUGGUGUUAAAAAUAAAUGAGAAAAAUAACAACACCAGGCCUGGAAAAGUUACAAACCAGGAUUUUAUUUUAAAAGCGAAAACAGUGAAAUCGGAAAUGAACGGGUUUCAGUCCAGUCCAGCGGAUUGUCCGGCUGGAAGCGUCUGUUCCAUUGAAGGUUUGCCUCCGUUACCCAAAGGACUGAGUGGCAUCCUAAACUCGAGCGGGGGAUCAUGGAGGGACAUUGAAAAGGUCUACAGCAAGAGGACACGCAUCCAAGCGGACAUCAGCAAGUCCAGAGUGAGCGACUGUCUUGGCCGCAGUAAACCAGCUAGCCUUGACGCAGCGCUGGCCGUGUUGCGCAAAGAGAUGGUUGGUCUCCGACAGUUAGACAUGUCCUUGCUGUGCCAGCUGUGGUCUCUAUAUGAGUCCAUACAGGAAUACAAAGGAGCUUUCCAGGACAUCUCCUCUUCUUUGUGCGAGAGCUCCUUCAACACCGAAAAUGGCUAUUCUGAGGAUGAAGAGGAGGAAGAUGAAGAUGAAAAUGAAGGGGAGAGUGGGGAGACGCUGUUAUCCCUUCCUCAGCCCACUCAGAACUCCCGAGACCAGUGGAUCAAAGACUCUUUCCACAUCCCCAUUUAAAUGAAGCAUGCGCUCUCUUAGUUAUAGAUCUGAUCUCCCAUGAUCCUCAUCGAAAUAAACCGUGACAAACAUGACCCCAUUGUUUGAAGGAUUCUAUAGGCAUCAAAAUGAUCAAGGCCUUUGUUUUUGUAGGAUACUAUUACAAUGGUGAUUGUAAGCUUGUUUCAGGGGAACCAUGGAAAACUGCCUUUUUUACUUCCUGUGAAGUCAUAAAGACCGGAUGUGGACUGACAGGAAGAGGAUGUUAUGGCCAGAAACAGUGUAGUCUAGGAUGUUUUUCUACUUAAGGUAAAGGGUGUAUACAUCAAAAAUUGAAUUAAAGACAUGCCUUAUUAUUCUCUCUUUUGAUAUAUCAAGUCACAGUUUCAUUAUAUUAUAGAUGUGGCAGAUAUCACUUGUCUAUUUUCUUUAUACCAGGAUUUGAAAUACUGUUUAUUUUAUUAUACAAUAUUAUUUA